GCCGUACCUUCACCGCUUCACCCUGGUCCAGCCCUAUCUGCACCUCAACACCGGAUGCGGAGUCCAGUUUCUUCACUACAUGGUGAUGGUUCUGUCACAGCGCCCCCUAUCUUCACCAAGCUCUUACAGGAUGCCCAGGCGUCAGAGGGUCAGGUGGUGGUUUUGGAGUGCAGGGUUCGGGGCAGUCCUCCUCUGCAGGUCCAGUGGUUCAGACAGGGACAGGUCAUCCAGGACUCUCUAGACUUCCGCAUCCUGCAGAAAAAGCCACGGUCUGCAGCAGAGCCAGAGGAGAUAUGUACGCUGGUGAUAGCUGAGGCCUUCCCUGACGACGGAGGGCAGUUCUGCUGCACUGCAACCAACCUUUACGGCUCCAUCAGCAGCACAGCCCAACUCUCUGUUACUGGAGGGGCCUUCAACAGUCCCACAGCGGUGUACGAAUCGGUCAGGGACGGUGUGGCAUCCGGCGAUAACUCUGUCUUCGAGGAUGCCCAGGCCUUCCCCCCACCCCCGCUCACAGAGAUCAGCCUAUUGGAGGUACCGCCCAAGACCCCACCCAGUGCCAGCGCAGAGGGUUUCCAUGUCAACGAGCUGGAGAUCUGGCCCAGUGUGUCAGCCCUUCCACACCCCCACAUGUACCCCAUGGAGGGCCAGGACCGGAGGGCCAGUCCCCCUCAGCCCUCCUUCGGCCUGCCUCCACCAGAGCCCCGGCCAGACUUCCUAGGCCCAGCCAAGAUGUCUCCACCCCCGGUGAAGGAAGCCCCUCCGCUGCCCAACAAGCCCAAACUAGCGGCGGGUAUAGAGGAGGAGACCGAAACUGACAGGAACAUAGAACAGUUGAAGCAGCUGCAGGAUCAGAUUCUAUUGGAACAGCAAGAAGCAGCCAAUUGGAUCCAGCAGCAGGAGCAAGAGCAGGAAGUCCCACUUCCACUGCAGCAGCCUCAGGAAGUGUCCUCUCCGCCCUCUCCUCCUCUUCCCCCUCCUCCCUCCUUCCAGGAGCUGGAGAGCAGCGCCAUGCAGACCAGCACAUUCAACUACGCCCGGCCCAAGCAGUUCAUCGCUGCCCAGAGCCCCGGGGGGACAGUCCCUGUGGGGGGCUACGUCACCCAGUCCUCUGGCUCCUCUGGAUCCAGCCUGCCCUCACCCCUCUCCCCACCCACCUCACACAAACCCUUCACCAGGGUCACCAUGCCUCCCUUCACUAAGGGCAGCAGCAUCGGGUCUCAGUCCCCGUCCUCUCCCUCCUUCCCUCCUCCACCCCCUCCCUUCCUCAGCAGCAGCAUGUCUUCUCCAUCAGGCCCCAGCCAAGACUUUCCCCCACCCCCUCCUCCACCCAUCUCCUCGACUCCCCCCUUCUCCCCCGGCCACUCCAGCAGCUCUUCCCCCUUCACUUCCAUGCCCCAAUCACCUGCUGGCUUCCUGGCCUCCGUCCUGCCAGCCACGCCCACUAGCCCGUCCGUCAACGCCCUGGGCCUGCCUAAAGGGAAUGGAACUAUCAGUGCUUURCCCCGGAAGCAGUCCAGAGGAACCCCACGCCUGGCCUCUGACUCUGACAUUCAGGGAACCAAGGAUGCUGUCAUUCAGGACCUGGAGAGGAAGCUACGAUUUAAGGAGGAGCGCAUGAGCAAUGGACAACAGAGGUUAACCUAUGAGGAGAAGAUGGCUCGCAGGCUGCUGGGGGCAGACAACGCAGCCACAGUACUAAACACACAGCAGCAGGACGAGGAGCCAGUCACACAGGAGUACAAGGUGUCCAGCUUCGAGCAGCGCCUGAUCAGUGAGAUCGAGUUCCGUCUGGAGCGCUCUCCAGRGGAGGAGUCUGACGACGAUGUGCAGCAUGACGAAGACUCUACAGGCCAGGGGGUGGUGCCAUUCUUCGACAGCAAGCUCAAACACUACAAGGUGUUCGAGGGCAUGCCCGUCACCUUCUCCUGCAAGGUCAUCGGAGACCCCAAGCCAAAGAUCUACUGGUUUAAGGAUGGGAAGCAGAUCACCUAGGUCUCGGUCCAGAGACAGUGGUGAUGAGAACGAGAAUAUCCAGGAGCGUCACUUCCGCCCCCACUUCCUGCAGGCGCCCGGUGACCUCAUCGUCCAGGAGGGCAAGCUCUGCCGGAUGGACUGCAAGGUGAGUGGCUUGCCUACCCCAGAUCUGAUCUGGCAGUUGAAUGGUCAGACCAUCCGUCCUGACUCCGCCCACAAGAUGCUAGUGAGGGAGAAUGGCGUACACUCAUUGGUCAUCGAGCCCGUGUCCAGCCGCGACGCAGGCAUCUACACCUGCAUCGCUAGCAACCGCGCCGGACAGAACUCCUUCAACCUGGAACUCAUUGUCGCAGCCAAAGAGAUUCACAAGGCUCCUUCGUUCAUCGAGAAGCUGCAGAACACUGCUGUUGCCGAGGGUAACCCUGUACGUCUGGAGUGCCGUGUGUCGGCUGUSCCCAACCCAAAGAUCUUCUGGAAGAAAGAGAACGAGUCGUUCACUCACAAUACAGACAGGAUCAGCAUGCACCAGGACAACUGUGGCUACCUGUGUAUGAUCAUCCAGCCAGCCAUGAAGGAGGAUGCUGGAUGGUACACCGUGUCAGCCAAAAAUGACGCUGGCAUCGUGUCCAGCACCGCACGACUCGACGUCCACACUCAGUGGCAGCAGCCCAACACUCCCAAGCCUAAGAAGGUGCGUCCGUCUACGAGUCGCUACGCAGCGCUGACAGAGAGAGGACUGGACGUGAAGGCAGCCUUCUUCCCUGACUCCAGCCCCCUGCAGCCGGGAGGCCUGGUGGAGAGUGAUGACCUGUAGAGACCAGCGGGGUUCACACACCCCAC